AAUUUCUAAAUAACACGAGCAAGCAGUGAAGAAGCGUUAGGAGCAGGAAAGGAACCCUAACUUAGCUGGAAGUUGGAAGAAGAAUGUCAGGCGUGAAGAGAGCACUACGGCAGUUCACCUUCGGAUCCGGCAAGACCGCCGGCCGCAACUCCUCCGGCCGCAUAACCUCCUUCAACCGCGGCGGCGGCGCCAAGCGCUUGCAGCGAACCGUCGAUCUCAAACGUAACACCGCCUCUUCUCUCGGCGUCGUCGAGAGGAUCGAGUACGACCCCAACCGCUCCUCCGACAUCGCCCUCGUCCGCUGGCUCCACGGCGUCCACCACCGCCACCGCCGCGCUGCCAACGCUACCGCCGCCGCUUCGACCAAAAUCCUCCACCUCGAUCCCGCCGCUGCCAGCGUUCGCGGCGUGUUCGCGUUCAACUCGAUGCUGCCGCACGCUGGAACCUCGUCCAGAGACGUUUUCUUGUCCGCGUUCUCUUCGAAGGCCAAGGCACGGGAUAUUAAAUCGGAAGCCGAAUCGGUUUCGUCGCUCGGCUUGCCACGUGUCGCCGUCGCGGCGGCGAGGGCUUCGUUCUUGGCGCCGCGGGUGAGAGGGGAGGAGAAUCUGGAGGUUCGGAAUUGGAAAAGGAAUAGCGACGCAUGGACGCAUAGGAACAAACGUAAAGCCGCGGUCUCGUGGCAAAGCAUCGCGCGUUGAGUUCAUGCUGUUCACAAUUAUUCAAAUUCGGAGUCUUUAUGGCAACUGAAGGAUAUAGCAAAGCUAUGACGUAGAUGAGGAGAAAUAAACUAAAAUUGUCUGCUUAUGUUAGCCCCUUCUGUUUUAGGUUCUUCAAGAGGAUCACCAUUGGAGAAGAUUUAGAAAAUCUGGCAUUUGAUAAUAUCAAUCAAGAACAUUAAUUCUCAAAGCUGCUUCGGUGCAUUUUUUUAAAGCAUUUUUUUUAAGACCCUAUCUGUUUUGUAAAAUAAAUAUAUAGGAUAAUGGUUCCUAGAAAACAAAAUAUUAACCAUUUAAUUCUUGGAGAUUACAAAUGUAAGAUGCGUUAAAUGACAAU